AUGUCUGAUAAGAAACUAAAGGAAAAAAGGAACCUAUUUGUUAAUUCAGUGUCUGAGGACACACUUAACAUCUUGCUGGAUGACUUACUAAGUGAAAGAGUGCUGAGCCAAGAGGAGACGGAGAUAGUGAAAAAGAAAAAUGAUACAACUAGGAACAAGGCUCGUGUGCUCAUUGACUUUGUGAUUUGCAAAGGGUCCCAUGCCAGCCAGAUAUUUAUCAGUUAUAUCUGUCAAAGAGAUUUCACCCUGGCCUCCAAACUGGGAUUUUCUUCUGGUCUUCAUGGAACUCUUGAUGGAUCAUCAGAGACAGCAUCAGUAGAACCCAAAGACACACUUAAGCUUUGUCCUCGGGCAGAAUUCCUGAAACGACGUCAAGACAUGCCUGCAAAGAUUUAUCCAGUAAAGGAGAAGGAAGACCGUACGCGUCUGGCCCUCAUCAUUUGUAACAUAGAGUUCUAUCACCUUCCAAGGCGCGAUGGGGCCAACCACGACAUCUUAGGGAUGAAAAGACUGCUUGAAGGUCUGGGCUACUGCGUGGCUGUAGAAGGGAAACUCACAGCUGGGGACAUGGAGUCAGUGCUGUGGGCAUUUGCUGCCCGUCCAGAGCACAAGUCCUCAGACAGCACGUUCUUGGUGUUCAUGUCUCAUGGCAUCCUGGAUGGAAUCUGUGGGAUUAAGCAUAGAAAAGAAAGCCCAGAUGUGUUGCCUUACGACACUAUCUUCAGGAUAUUCAACAACCAACAUUGCCUCCAUCUGAAGGACAAACCCAAGGUCAUCAUCAUCCAGGCAUGCAGAGGUGAAAACCCUGGAGAGGUGUGGGUCAGUGACUCGCCAGUGGCCUCAGAAGACAGCUCUUCACAGUCACCAGAAAACCUAAUGGAUGAUGGUGUCCACAAGGUCCACAGGGAGAAGGACUUUGUUGCUUUCUGCUCUUCAACUCCACAUACUCUUUCCUGGAGAAAGGCAGAGGGUUCCCUCUUCAUCACACAGCUCAUAAUUUGUUUCCAAAAAUAUUCUUGGUGUUGUCCCCUGCUAGAAAUAUUUUCAAGGGUUCAACAAUCAUUUGAAAAACCAGGCAUUAAGGCCCAGAUGCCCACCAUUGAAAGACUCUCCAUGCCCAGACCUUUUUAUCUCUUCCCAGGCAAUUAA